AUGCAGUUUGUAAUAGUCUACAUUUAAAUUUAAUUUUGAAUACUUUUCUCAAGAUAACAAUACCAAGUGCAAAAACAAAGCCCGCAUGCAACUUGAAAGGUGCAGAGUGUUGAGUUAACAGUUAAAAACGUGAUUGUGUUGUUUAAUUAGCAAAUCGGGAGGUGUUCGUAUAUGAACGUUGCGUUGUAGCUCUGGCCACAAGAUUUUCUUUUAUUCGUUUUGCGCGCAGGAAAGUAACCAAAACAAAUACAAAGGCAUUCACAACUGAUAAGGAUUGCCACAGUCAUUAACAGGAAUAAUGAAUACCAGCACUGGCUCUGAAAUGGAUGAACUGGACGACACCACGCCGUUACCAGAGCUUACUCUAUAUGAUAUGCUAGAGACACCAUCGGAUGAGCAGCAGUCAGACGUUGCUGCGGAUACGGGAGACGAUGAGGAGGAGUAUGAAGACGAAGAAUAUUUGUCAACCUCUGCCAAUGAUUCGCUGAAUACGCCACGACCAAAAAAACCAAAUGUACGAAUAUUGGAGAACAAGCGUUUAACUCCGGGCGCGCCAAUUGGCAUGGCAUUAAAGAAUAUCUUGGGUGAAUCCGUCAAGUUGGUGACAACGCCUCCAAAGACAACGCAAUCAACGGAAAUUAAAAUUUUAAACAAACUACAGACGAAGCCAAUUAAAACGUUCAGCAAUACGGCCGUUAAAAUUGGCAGCACGACAAUUGCAAGCACCUCGGCCUCAGCAGCAGCAGCAGCAACAACGACUACAGCAACAACGGUAACGCCAAAGCAAAUUAGAGGGAUUACUAUGACGCAAAUAAAAACCACGGAUGGCAAAGUGAUUUAUCUACAAAAAUCGUUGCCAGCUGCAGACGCACAAAAACUGCCAGUUGGUGUAACAACUGCAACGACAACAACAACAACUGCACGUCUGACUAAAACAGUGCCCGUGAGUUCCGCUGGCAUUAGACAGACGCUGCUGCCCAAGGGAGUUAGUAUAGCUAGCACGGGUUUAAUAAAGAGCAGCGCCGGCAGUACGCCCAUUACUGUUAGAGGCAUAACGGCAAUUGGUAGCUCGCCCACAAAAAUCUCGCCUAACGCCACGACAACGGUUACAGCAACCUUGUCCACAAGUCCAACAACCUCAACCGCUGGAGCUGUUGGAAACAAGAUGGCCAUACAAAUGGUGCGCACAGCAGAUGGCAAGCUUAUCAAACUAAAUCAAGGGACAGCUUCAAUGCUGCUCAAUGCUAAGGCAGCAGCGGGUGCGCUAAAGGCAACAACAACGGCAGCAACAACGACAACGGCAGCGACAACGACAACUGAUACGCAAGCCAAGGCAGUUGGUUCGCCAGUAAUUAUUAAAGGUGCACUAAAGCAGCUGCCAGCUGGUGCAACUCUCAAGACGACCACAACCAGCGCCAGCACCGCAACUAGCAAUGCAACAAGUCCAGCAGCUUCCACAGCGCUGCCCGGUGGCAAGUUGCUUGUACAAAGUGCGGGCAAGCAAAUUGUAGUUGCCAGCAAAAACAUUAUCAAAUUGUCACCCAAGCCAGGUGCUAGCGGUGCUACUGCUAGCAACGCCAGCAUACAAUUGGGCGGCAAGAGCGGUGGUGUACAAAUUGUGCGCGUACUACCCAGCAAUAAAAGUGGCACCAGUACAUUGACCAGUCCACAAAAUGUGUCAAUUGGACGCCCGCGCACGAUUAGCAGUAACAAUAGCAGCAGCACCAGCAGCAACAACAACAAUAGCAGCAACACAACAAAUGUUUCCAUCACUAAUGCUGGAAAAAUUGUUAUGAAAACCAUGGGCGGCAGCAUUGUGCCGUUGCCAUCAAUGCAGACAUUGGUAUCCAGACGUGGACCAAGCGGCGCAGCUAAUAUAACGCAUGCCAAGACGCCGAGCAGCCAAGCUCAACCGAUUAAGCAUCGUCUCUCGGAUCUCAAUGUGCAAAUCAAGCAUAUGACGGGUGAAGGCGGCGAAGGACCCGAUGCGAAAAAGGCGCGCUAUGUUAUUUCCAUGCCGCGUGUUCCAGGAGCCCCAAGAACUACGCCUGUGACGCAACAGCAGCUUCAGAAACUUAUGGCAACACGACCGUCGCAAGUGAAACGUAUAUCGUUGCCGUCCCCUGUUAGAAGCAGCAAAACUGCUGACACAAGCAAAGCUGCUGCUGAUAGCGACGGUGGUAACAGCACUGGUCGUAAGGUGUACAAUCUUAUUACCAAGAGUAAUGCAAAUGGUGUCAAGUAUAUGAUUUGCAACAAGACAUCUGAGGGUAAGCCGCACUCUGUCUACAACACAACAAUGCGGCGUGGGUAUACUUUAAAUGAUCCCGCCAAGAUAAGACGCGGAGUGCCCCUUACAGUGCAGCAGGCAAAACUCAAGCAGAUGAGAUUGCAACAUCAGCGUAAGGUAUUGGCGCAUAAUCAGACCAAGCUGCGCCAAGCACAUCUACAAAAACAGCAGCAGAAAGUUAAGCCAACGCAACCGCAGCAGCCUAAGGAACAACAACAACAAGAUCAGUCAACGCAAGGCAAAUCCGGCAAAGCACUUUUUGAUGUUCUAAAGCCGCCAGCUGCACCAGCGGCAUCAGCUUUGGAUGCCUUGGGUGGCUCGCGACGCAAGCAUUGCAACUGCAGCAAGUCUCAGUGCUUAAAGCUCUAUUGUGACUGCUUUGCCAAUGGUGAAUUUUGCCAGGAUUGCACCUGCAAGGAUUGCUUUAACAAUUUGGACUAUGAAGUGAAACGCGAGCGUGCAAUACGCAGCUGCCUGGAGCGUAAUCCGAGCGCUUUCAAACCCAAAAUUACAGCGCCCAACUCUGGCGAUAUGCGGCUGCAUAACAAAGGUUGUAACUGCAAGCGCUCCGGCUGUUUGAAGAACUAUUGCGAGUGCUACGAAGCCAAAAUACCUUGUUCGUCCAUGUGCAAAUGCAUGGGCUGUCGAAAUAUGGAAGAUCGUCCGGAUGUGGAUAUGGAUUCUAUGGAUGGCUUGAAUGAUGCCAAAUUCCACGCCAAGCAUAAGGAUGUGAAUGGUACUCAAGAAAAUCGCUCCAAUCUCUAUCUAACCGACGAAGUAAUAGAGGCAACUAUCAUGUGUAUGAUAUCGCGUAUUGUUAUGAAUGAAAAACAAAAUAUGGCCUUGGAAGAUACUGAGCGUGAAGUUAUGGAGGAGCUGGGGGAAAGUUUAAAUCAAAUUAUAACAUUUGCCAAGGAGAAGAAUGAUACAAAGCAGCAGGAUGAAACAAAAGCAGCGACUUAAGCAGAUUCUGCUUGAAAAGUAAAGAAACAAAAUCAAUUAAAACAAUUUAAAUCAAUAAUUUUAAUUAGAUGCGUAAUUUUAAACAAACAGUCAACAUAACAACACACAAACGGACACUAAUUCAAUAUUUGUAUGUGUAUAUUAGUUGUAAGCUUAAACGGACCCUUUUUGAAUUUCUCAAAUAAUUCGGCUUAAUGUAAGCUUUCUAAAAGUUGACCUUUAAUUAUCAUAUGUAAAACGUAAAGUGCAAAU